AUGACGGGUAAGAUAGAGCUGUUUAAAUUUACCCGUUACACCAUGAUACUGAGCGGCAUAUGGAGACUUGAAAUAAACGCGUCAAGAUGGGUGCGGAGACUGUAUAUAACAUAUUCGAUUGCAACUCAAAUUAUCUUCGACAUUUCGAUAUUUAUGUUUAAUAUGGAGUUUGCUCAUUUGUUUCGGGUGGAUAUUGAGCAAGCUAUAGAGAAUUUAUCAAGGAUGAUCUUCGUUCUGCUACUUAUUGCAAAGUUUUCAAUCUGCCAAACUAAGGGAAUGCAAGUACUUAUCAAGCAAGCCCUCGAUGGUGAAACCAAGAUCAUUGCCACAGACAAUUCUAAGAUCCGCAGUAUCUACGAGAUGCAUGCAUGGUACUGUCAGGUUCUAAUUGUCUCAAUAACGGUUGCGAGUUUUGUCUUGUCCGCAUAUUUAUCAGAAAUCGGAAUCGAAGAAAGUUACAAAUUUCACAGGGAGCCAAGGUCCCUUAACGAAAGUCGGGAGGAUCCGUUUCCAGUUGCGCUUUGGUAUCCAUUUAAUCGAAACAAAUAUUUCAUUGUAGUGAUGUGCCAUCAAACGCUGGAAAUUUGCUUAACUGGUUUUUACAGUACGGCCGUAAACGCCAUUACGAACUCAGUUCUAAUUUACAUGAGAGCUCGUUUGAAGAUUCUCCAGCAUAAUUUAGAAAAUUUUGCCACCCACCGAACGGAAAAUUGUGCGAAAGGUGGCGAUCAUGCUCUCUACAGUCUGAAAAUGUUUAGCAAGUUGCAUCAGGAACUGAUUCAAUGGACCGUCGAGCUCAACGGCAACUUUAAACAUUUAAUAUUUUUGGAGUACGGUGUUUCAUCCCUUCUCCUUGCUGCCGUCAUUUUUCAAAUAUUUGCAGGCAUUAAGGUCGUUUUCAACUACAUUUAUUUUGGCUUGAUAUCUUGUCAGCUAAUGGCUCUGGCAUGGAACGCGAACGAAGUCGCGAUUGAGAGUGAAAAUCUUGCUACAGCUUUAUACAAUAGCAAAUGGUACCACGAAAGUUUGCAGACUAGGGUCAUCCUCCAGAUAAUGAUGGUUAGGUGUCAAAGGCAAUUAACGAUUUCUAUCGGUCCGUUCGGAGCACUUAAUACCGAGGCAGUACUGUCUCGGUUCAAACUAGCUUAUUCGUACGUAUCGGUGAUGUCUUCUGGAAGUGUGUAAUAAUGGAUCGUGGAAAGAAUAGAAGGAACAAAAACAUCAUGAUAUAAUAAGGAAAGCGUAUUAGCAAAAUAAUUGUUUUUAUGAAAAAAAAAAAUAAAAAAUUGUUGCACAAAAUGAUUUUUUUAAAUUUCUUCCGAAUCAUAUUAGAAGUUAUGAAGAAAAAAACAACAUUACUUGGGCGAAUUAAGGGGUACUAUGGUAGAAAUUAAGUCCCCAUUGUGGAUUGAAAGACCAUUGGAAAGAUCUUUUAAUUAUCUAGCCAGCAUCUUAUGGAUGUGCAAACUCUUAUGCAUGCAUCGGCUGCCUUUGAACUGCUGCCCAAAAAAUGCAGCUUUCUACAUGAAAAUAAUUAGGAUAGGCAGUUGGAAUAUCAUGUAAUAAACGUCUAAUUGUGUAUAAUAAAUUAAAGACUAUAUAAUAUUAAAGUCUCCGCUCUUAUGGAUUAAUAAAGAUAAUAAUAAUUUCCAUGUCACUUUGGACUUCGUUUUUCUUUUAAAAAGUCUAACUAUCUAAAAGGUAAUAGAGGUGAAUCCCUAAAAGGUUUGUAUUCACAUAUUUUCUGUCUCUUAUAAUGAAUUCUCUAAAUAGUGUGCAAAAUAUAGAGCCCUGUAUAGGGGGUUAUUUGGGAAUAUGACAGAAAAAAUAAUUUUUUGUAAUUACUUAAGAAUAAGUAUCCACACACACAAAUUAUCCACAUUUAUUACGCGCUUUUUGUGGAAUAUUUGGCAAAUCAUUCGUGGCAAAGCAGCGCAAAUUCCCUACUUGACUAAUAAGAUAAGAGUUGCGUUUUCCAUUAUACACAUUGAAAAUAUAGUACUUAUGGCUCCUUUUAUACAGAGUUAUUCACAAUGUAAUAAAACCUGAUAUGCUGGUUACUUAUAUAAGUGAAUAUGAGCUACCAAUGUAAAAUAUUUUUGGCCAUAAGGUAUUGCCAGAUAUACUUGUAACGCAUAUCAACUUUCGUUUUUUAAAUGUAUAUUAUUACAUUUUUGAACUCUGCGAAACAUUCUGAAACUCUUUUAUGUAACAUAUACUAUACGUUUCUUGAACAUCAGAUAAAAAUACUUUCUAAGAGAUUUGACAACCAAUAACCCGAUAUAAAAUAAUUUUUUUUUUCGCAACCCGUACAGCUAAACACUCGAAUUGUUGCUUGCGGUUCCCUAUUAAAUUGCUUUAGCCCGUAAUAUAGUAUGAGAAUUAACUUAUUGCAUAAGACCUAAUUGGCAAGAUAUUAAAAUCAAUAUUUCGUGGAAAUUUUAAAUGGAACGCCCCAUAUUUUAUAUUGGCAGGUAAAUGAACAAUUAAUUUUCCAUCUAAAAGUACCGGACUAUGGUAUAUAUAUUUUCACUAGUUUUCGAUAUAUAAAAAUAACCACAUUUCAUCUGUCCGGCCAUGCGGAUUACUCGUUUUUUCGUAUUUUCAUAGUUAAAAGUAGCAUUUAUUUGAAAAAGGAAGAUGGCACAUAAUUAUGCAAACACACACAUUUUAAAUUUGAAUUACAUUUAUAUUGAGUGUCAAAGAAUUGUUUCAAGGACGUGCAGAAUAUUUAAUGACCAAUAUACGCAUUUACCACCAAUUUAUGGGAUAUAGUUUAAAAGAAAUGAAACCUACGAAGGAAGUAAAUUGUUAAAAACUCAGAAGAAAAUGAAACCAACAUUUUACCAUAUUUUUCGAAAGAAAUAUUUGUACCGACGCGGCGAAUCAAAAUUUUUCGCGGGAGUGUAUUUUUAAUAGAAGGAAUAAUCAUUUUUCAUAAUACAAUCCAAAAUUUUUACGAAUCAAGCUAUUGCAACAUACAUUUAGUUUCAAUGUCUUUUGUUUAAUGAUGGAUAAUAAAAUAGAUUUUUGUAUCUACAACGAGAAUUCGAAAGAGGAAAACGGUUUUUUACAUUUAGAUGGCAAAUUAUUUCCUCAUUUACAGGCCAAUAUGAAAUAUGGGGUGCUCCCGCCUAGCAUGGAUUUUUAUAUUUGGCCAAUUAUUAAUUGUACGCGAUAAAUUAAUUUAAUAGGGAAUGGCAACCAAAAAUUCAAGUGUUUAGCUGUACGGGUUGCGAGUUACGAGUUUUAUGUUGCCAAACUUCUUAGAUAGUAUUUUUCAUCUCCGAAAAAUUUCAAGAUAGGUAUCGUACAUGUUACAUGUUACUGAUAUACAGAGUGUUCCAUUAAAAAACGAAAGUUGAUAUACGUUACAAAUAAAUCUGGCAAUACCGCAUGCCAAAAACAUCUUACAUAUGUAGCUCAAAUUCGCUUAAAUAAGUAACCAACAUUUAUAACAAUGCUCCAACAUUAAACAACUUAUUUUUAAAACUAUUUACUUCCUAUUUUUAUAUUGUAUAUUAUAUAUUGAAUCGUGACCUCAGGUCUGACUUGAAUUGCCCUCUUGUUUUUUAUAUCUUUACAGUUAUUUUCGGAAGCUCAACGCUACCGUUUAUGAUCGGAUAGAAAUAAUACCUCUAUCUUCUUAAUGAGUACGUCAUUCAUUUGAAAAUGAGCCACACAGGGAUUUUUAGACUAGGAUCGUAAAUCAGAUCAGUAAAACUUAGUCUAUACAUCGUUUUCAGGAUUUCAAAGUAGGGAAUGAUCUUUAAAAACUGCAUUUAAAAACUGUAUUUAAAUCUUCGUUCAACAUUUGCAAAUUAUUUAUCCGGAAUUUGAACUUCGAGUCGAUGUCUGACGAUCUCUCAUCACUCUAGCAUAGUAUGUUUGAAAACGUUUCGUGAUUUAAUAGAUUAAAAGCUUUCCUUUGGGUUGUGAAUGCCGACUACCUAAUGCACAUCAUUGUAAUUUAAAAGCGACUGGUUUAAACUCAACUGUUUAAAUUGUAAAAUGAUUGUUGAGUAUAAUCAUUUUAACCUUUAUUGAACUGCAGUUUAAAAUGAGUGGAAUAGGGCUCCUGGUUCCUUGUUGUAUUUUACACAUUUACACGAACACAAACAUAACCAUCAGGUAACACAGUAUUGAAAAGGGAGUGGAGGCACAGCAAUAGUAAGUUGCGGAAGACAUUGACACGAGUAGAGUGAGGAAGCUUAUAAAAUUCACUUUAUGGGAUGCGCAACAGUAUUAAUUUAACUGGAACUCGUUCUUGUAUUGUAUUGUAUUGUGUUCUAGUAUUGCGGAUUGAGAUUUAAAAAGCGUUUAUUCACUAACUCAGUAGUAAUAAUAUGCAGUAUUUGCAACAUAUGCAUUGAAACUUUAAAUCCCUCGUACCUUUCACAAUUAGAUUAUCUAGCACAAGCAGCUCUUAUUUUAUUUUAUAUUUUUUAGAAUAUCUUCAUCUUACUUAUGUUGACCGUAAGGUUGUGGUUGCUAAAUAAAGCACAAAUUUGUUUCAUGAAUUUUACUUGUUUUACAAUAUCGUUUAUAGACGUUUAUUAGAAACUAGAAAACUAUUUUCCGCCCAUCGGCAUUUUGUUUUCAUUCUAACGCUUACUUGAAUCAGUAUCCCGUUUGCAUUCCAAGCGAGAGCCAUUAACUGGCAAAACACCAAAGUAAAAGUAAUGGAGUUAAAAGUCACUCUGAUGCCCAACUAUACUAUAACGUUUCAAUACAGGGUGUUUGUAAAAUCUUUGAUUACGGUUUGAUUUUGAUUUUCUUUGUUGGAUGGAUCUCUCAAAAACGAACAAAAAUUUUAUUUUUCGUGUUACAUCAACCUGCAGUUAUGGCGAACUGACUAAUUUUUGAUGUCAAAUAAUAUAAAUAUUAAAGUGGCUAUCCGACAAUCGAAUAAUACAGGGUGUCUUGUUUAAGAAAAUUGAUAAAAGUAUCAUUUUUCGAAAGGUGGCAACAGUGCGCAUAAACAAAAGCAUUAUUUUCAUAAAUACAAAAGUUUGAAAAGUUAAUAAGCAACUCCACAAUGCUGGUUUAAACAUAACCCGGAUGAUGGCUAAUGACUUCGAAACGGUGCAUCACAGACCCAUGCUCAUAUAUAAAUUGAAUUUGUCUUUGAUAGGACUAUCAAAAAAUGCAAUUAAAUGUAGGGUGUGAUUUAAAAAAAUGUAACUUUGUUUUACCACCCUGUAUAUAAAAAAGUGACGAUUGAGAAAAUAAAAAAAGCAAAGAUCAUUUCAAUAGAAACAAGUUUUUUAUUUAAAUUUCUUUUGUAACCAACGUAGGUUUCCAAAAUAAGGUAUACGCCCCUCUUAAACAGCCCACCCUGUACAAAAUAUUGUUCAGGAACCUGUGACUAUAAGUACAUACGCUGUAACCAUACACAAAACUCCAUUCUUCUUUCGCUGUCAGCAUAUUCAAGAGUAUGCAGAAAUUAACGUUUAAAGGCCCUUUUUCACUUUUGUUCAACGACCUUAAUAUUUAAGUUUACACUUGCGCACUUAAUACUGGAUCAUUAAAAUAAUAAAAAUUAUUUGACUCAAAGGAAUAACACGACUGCGUUGUUGGUUGGUGAGUUAAAUAAAAAUGUAAAUCAGGCAAUGAAUUUGCCAGUCGAAUAUUCGCCUGUCCAUAGCAAACUCGGUUUUACAAAGGAAUCAGUAUGCCAACGUCAAUCAAUUUUGAUAUUUCUGUUGUUUUCAUUGUUUUCAUUUUCAAGCGUUGAAAGUCCGUUUAGUCCAUAUCUCAACCUCUCUAAUCAUAUCUAAUUUUAAGAAAAUCGUCUGUGUCUUUCAGUGAAAUCUAUCUAACAAAUCAAUUAUCAAAAUUGAGCCAUAAACAAACAUUCUGCAAGAGUAAUGCUUUCGAGCACCCGGUAUUCGAACUUCAUGGAGAUUAGUAUUACUGUAUU